UGCGAGGGGCGGGAACGUGAGGGGCCGGAGGGGCCCGCGCUCCCCGACGGCUGCAGACACGGGCGCGGGGCCGCUGGGCGCAGGGCUGGGCGGGCACCGCGCCCCGCUCUGCCCCGCGUUGGGGGCGGGUGUGCGGGUUUCCCCGGGGCGCGGGCGGAGCCGGGGCCGCCUGAGGCUGGCGCAGCUCUCUGAGCUGGGAUCCUCGCCGGGGGCGGGGGUGGGGCAGAUAAAAACAAACGCGGGUGUGUUUUGAAAGGGAGCGUGAUGACUGCUGGAUCUGUAGGGCACGGUUCACCGAGACGUAUUGCAGCAAACUCUCGAUUAGAAUAAUUCCCAGGAACCUUUUUGAUGCUGUGCCUGUCUAAUUUUGGUGAGGUGUCCGUGAUGACUUGCAAACCUUCUUUAUGGCAGUUGUCAGUGGGAAGAGAAAGAAUACUGAAUGCAUGUGGUUAUUGCUGCUGAAAGCAUUGAUACCGAGCGUAAGGUUCCUCUUGUAGGCUGUCAGUACAGCUGAAGAAUUGCUCUGGGUCCGUACAGUGCCAGUUGUUUUCUGUUAGAGCACAGGAUGACUGAGGACAUGUCUCCUAGUGACAAACCAAGGCGAGUAAAGAGUGAACAGCGUCUUGGACUGUUUGUUUCUGUAGGACUCUCCUAAUGUUCGUGUUUUGCUGUGUAGCAUUCUGAGCAGGUGACUCUUCAUUCUGUGCUCACUCUGUGUUGCCUCCGCUGCCUUCCUUUCACGUAAGUCUAAGUUUGUUAGUACAAAAUUUACCUUUUUUCAGAAAUAAAAUUCAGAACCGUGGGGCUUCACCCUGCUUACAUCCUCUAUGUACGAUUGUGGGCAAAUGUUAAAGAAUGCAGCAGAUAAAACAAACAGAGCUUCUUGGCAGCACGGGGGGAGCGCUGUGCUCACCCCUAGCUGAAAUUUUCCUCAGAUGUCAGUUGAUGUGUUCUGCCAUAGUUUUCAGUCUCUGUAACUGCAGUGCUCUGGCAGCUCUGUUCCUGCCUAUUAUCCCCACUCUGUAUUUAGAUUCCCAUCUCAGUACAUGUCUCUCUCCUGCUGCUCUCUGUAUCUGUCUGGGUCCUUCCUUCUCCCUGAGUAUAAAAACUACUGUUGCUUAUUUCCUCUUUCACUCAUUACUGCUAGGAAAACGGUGAAGGGGUGCAGGGCUAGGAAGGACCGGAAUAACAGCCUUCCCAAGUUCCAAUAAUCAGCUGCAGCGCUGUCCCUGUUCCUAGGCUGGCCCUUCGACUCCCAGCGUGGCUUUCCUCUUCCUGACCCUGGCACCAAGCACGCCAGAGCUUGCCUUUUAGCCCCAGUUGCUGGAUAUUUUUGCUGAAAGUAGAUGAAAUGGCGAUAUUAAUUCACACCUUAGCAGAUCACAAUGAUGAUGUCAACUGCUGUGCCUUCUCAUCAUCGUGCCUGGCUACAUGUUCCCUGGACAAAACAGUUCGUGUUUACUCUUUGAAUGGCUUCUCUGAGCUCCCGUACUCGCCUCUAAAACGUCACACGUACGCUGUGCACUGCUGCUGCUUCUCCCCAUCAGGACAUGCUUUAGCGUCCUGCUCCACGGACGGUACCACCGUGGUCUGGGAUGCCCGGGAUGGCCGGGUGCUGGCAGUGCUGGAGCAGCCCAGCAGCAGUCCCGUCAGAGUCUGCCGGUUUUCUCCCAAAUCCACAUAUCUGGUAUCGGGGGCAGCGGAUGGGAGUGUUGCUCUCUGGAACGUGCAGUCACUGAAGCUGUACAGAUCUGGGAGUGUUAAAGAUGGUUCUUUGGUGGCCUGUGCGUUUUCUCCUAACGGAAAUUUCUUUGUCACUGGAUCAUCGUGUGGUGAUUUAACCAUUUGGGAUGAUAAAAUGAGAUGCCUGUAUAAUGAAAAAGCACAUGAUCUUGGCGUUACCUGCUGUGAUAUUUCUUCACAGCCGAUUUCUGGUGGUGAACACGGAUUCAGACACUUUCAGAUGGCUUCAUGUGGUCAAGAUAACCAGAUCAAACUCUGGCUUAUUUUCUCUGCAGAUUCCUUAGGUGUUGAAUUAAAAUACCAGUGCACUUUGAAUGGACAUUCUGCCCCAGUUCUGGCAUGUGCAUUUUCCUGGGAUGGGCAGAUGUUGGUUUCAGGGUCUGUGGACAAGCAUGCCAUAAUCUAUGAAACGAGCACCGGCAGUACCCUUCAUACUUUGUCUCAGCAUAACAGGUAUGUUACAACUUGUGUGUUUGCACCACGUAGUCCCUUACUCGCCACUGGUUCAAUGGAUAAAACUGUGAACAUAUGGCAAGUUGACUUUACGCAGCCCUGUGCAGCAAAUACUGUAGAAAAGGAAUCUGAGGUGGCUGUUGAGUACUGGUCAGAGGAUGAUGUUUCAGCCUGGCUUCGUGCACAAGACUUAGAAGACUUUGUUGGGCUUUUCAAGAGAAAUAACAUUGAUGGCAAGGAGCUGCUGAAUCUUACCAGAGAGAGCCUGACCAACGAAUUGAAAAUCGAUCUGGUAUCAUUAGGUUGUGGAAAAGGAAUUUCAGCUGUUGUGUACGCUUAACGAUUCUGACUUUCAUAAACUGUAGUUUUUCAUAUCAGUCUGCAGAAGCCGCCUGGCACUGUGCUGGUGGAGUGGAGCGGUUGCUUGGGCUUGGGUUGCUUUGGGGAUACUUAAACCUGUGGUCUUUCAUGGGGAAUGUGUGGUAAUUGGUUUUUGUGGUGCUGUAUGUGAUCAUAAAAAGAGUUUGUACCACAGUACGUACAUUGUAGAGAGAAGAGCUUGCAAGGCCCACAAAUCCCAGAUCAGAGUAUUCUUCCUUUAAAAAAACCCCAAGUAAUGCAGUUUGCCCAGUCUCAGACAGAAUACCAGCACUCGGACUCUACAGGCUGUUGGUACUCAAGAGAGCCUAGUUGUGUUUAAUUGAACUCAAAGGAGUCCGUUGAAUCUUAGUACUAACAGUGAAGCUCUUCCUGCUCACAGUAACCAGCUCCUCUUCCCCAGCCAGCCGCACCACCAGGGGUUAUAUUUUUUUUAAGGGAUUUUGGUUUCUGCCAAGAACUGGCUCCACUACCUUCACCUGCAGUAGUACAGCACUGGGUCUGAUUCGAGAACACUUGUAAUGAUAUAUUCAUAUAACACCAAAUCUAAAAAUGCUGACUGUGAACACUUAGAUCUGUGUUAGACCGGAGCUGCACAUCAGCGUGCAAGGCAGUGGUGACCAGGCUGCUGGAUGUUGCAGUCGUGUUUUGAAACUUUCUUCUGCAAUGUUGCUCUCCCCUCAGUGUGUAAUGGUGUUCAGUUUGGUCAGGCGUUGCAUGCAUUUUUCAUCAUGAAUUUCCCCUUGCACACAGCUGUUUUGGUGUGCGUGUCCCCUAAACCAAAGCUGCAUUAUUUUUGUUCCAUGGAGCGAGUGCAUGGUCCUUUCACUGUGUUCUGCUUGGGCUGCCUUUGAUGAUGGAACUAUAGAUGUAAGUCAUUUAAUAAAGCACCUUAAAUAGCAGACUCAAAGUACUCAUGUCUUGUGCUGCUUUGCAGAUAGUUGUGCCACUGUGGUAUUUGGGUUUUUCCUAGUGAGUGAGAAGCAUAAACUGAUUCUGCACAAUGUGUGUGGGAAUAAAGAUAACUGUGUCUGUCCCACACACACUCCUGUAGUGUUUAGGAUUGAGCAUUAAAUGGGACUAGGAACAAUCUGGCAGAGCUACUCAUAAAAUAUCUCUUGCUUGAUCUCCCUGCCUGUGCCACUGGUUGAAGUGCGGACCCUGGAGGAACUCCCCUUGUUACUGGUUCCUAAUUCCACUGGAUGUGGAGCCAUUGAUUCUUUGGACAUGGCUGUGGCUGGGACCCUUGUGGGUUCUUCUGCAUGCGGUGGUGGUGGGAGGUGGAACUGCGGCUCCUUGUCCAUGACUGCUCGUUAAUGCAAACCCUGACCUCUGUGCGCAUGUCUGUGCUGCCCGUUUCAUGUAUGGGCAACUUUUCAGAGUCGCUGGGCCUGCGCAGGAAAGUCCUGCAGAAAAUUGAAGACCUGAGGAUGCAAACACGCUCUGUUGCUGUCCCUGAUGAACUCCUGUGCCCUAUAACGAGGGAGCUCAUGAAGGAUCCCGUCAUCGCAGCAG